UUUUUUAUAUUUUGUAAGGAAUGAGUACACCUCUUUAUUGGCCAUUACGAAAAUGCGGAUGAAAUGAAAUGGAAUUACAAAGUUCUUGUUGUUGUUUUUGUUGUUUUGUUUGUUGCCUCUUCUUUCCUUAUCCAUUCCCGUCAGAUAUGAUAAGGCCGAAGUACAAGCGGAUGAUAUGAAUGCGUAAAAAAAAAACUAUAGUGAAUGUGUGAGUUUGUUUGUGUGUGUAGUAGUUCGACUAUAAAGUCGAAUGUUGUAAACAGAAUGAAGAUGGGAAAGAAAGAAGAAAAAGUAUAUUGUCAGAUAUAAAGGAGAGUGGUGACGACAACGGUUGGGGUCGCUGGGCUCUAUAUUUCUACCUACUGCCUGUAAUACACAAAGUGCAGUGCAGUGCCAGUGAAUGAAUGCAGUUUUAAACACCAGAAAAACAACAACAAAAACAUCAGUGGUAUCCCCCAAAGAAAACCGGCAACAACAACAACAAUAAGCCAGUAAUACCAAAUAUGUAUGCCGCGCACAACAACAACGUUCAAAGCGGCAACGAAGUGAAGUGCCAGAGCUGGAGUGAUUCCUUUUGAAGGCUACCUUUGAAGCAGAUAUUUCCUUAUGCAUACACACCACUCAAGCAAAUCUACAAACGAACCCGAAUGCCAUAGCCCCAGACCGAAAACUAAAAACCAAAGUGAUUUCAUAGACUUACCGCCAGUAUCGGAUUAGAUCGCAAGCUGUGAACACAUAAUAAAGGCACACAUCGAUCGUGUAAAAAGAGUGUUCUUCUUUUCGUUUCGAUAUCGUUUCUCGUCGUCGUUUGUUUAAUAUUUUUUCAAAUAUUAUUAAAUACAUUUAUACUUGUAUAAGAUUUUUUGUAAACAAUUUAAAUGAAUUGAAUAAAAAAUAAAAUAAAAUGUAUUCCUAACGAAUUAACUAACAUGUUUAGAGUGUAUUUUUAAAUAAAUUGUAUAAAAUAUAAAAUUUAUACUAAAUUCCAGUGCGUGAUUUGAUUUACAUAAAAAAAAAAUUAUAACAAAAGAAGAAAUAAAUAAUAAAUCAUCUUCAAAAUGUGUGGUAGUUUACUUAAUUUGUGCUUCUUAGUCUUAGUUGUAGUAUUUAUGGUUUUUGAUGGAGUUCAUACAUCUCAAGGAUUACAAUGUCAACGGAUAUCGGUACCGGCAUGUCAAGGUCUAGGAUACAAUAUGACAGCAAUGCCAAACUUAGCUGGUCACACUAACCAGCUGGAUGCAGAAAUAAGGAUAACAAAAUUAAUGCCAAUAUUGGAGUCAGGCUGUUCCAAUCGAGCUAGAUUUCUUUUGUGUUCUUCACUAUUUCCCUUGUGUACACCGGAUGUUCCAAGACCUGUGACUGCGUGCAAAUCACUGUGUGAAACAGUGAAAGCUGAGUGUGCGGAUCAGGUUCAAUUAACCCUCAUAUGGCCAGAGUUUCUAAAUUGCGAUACACUUCCUCAGCCGGAGAAACAUGAGUUAUGUAUGCAAAUACCAGAAGAAGCUUCUGAAAAGCAACUUUUACCUGAAAGACCACUGCUACCUGAACAAGAGCAAAUAUUUUGGCCUUGGCUACCAUGGAAGAUUCCCCCUCAUCAUGUACCAAAGUCAGUGUCAACAUUGAUUUGUCCGCAAAAUUUUACAGCUCUUCAGGAUGAUUGCACUCCACAGUGCAACAAAGAUGCGAUGUAUGACACUCAACAGAAAAAAAUCACGGAAGGACUUAUAUUGGCCCUUUCAGCUGUGUGCUUCAUUUUGACACUUUUUUCUCUGGUAACUUUCUGGGCUGAACCAACCCGCUUUGGAUAUCCUGAGAGACCAGUGCUGUUUCUAUGUCUCUGCUACAAUCUCUACAGCGUUUGCUACUUGGAGCGUAUAGUUUUCCAUAACUCUACAAAGAUGCUUGCCUCUGGAGCAAUGCUAACUGAUGAAAUCGGAGGUCCUUGUGCUCUGACACCUCCAUGUUUGGCAUCAUACAUUACAACAAGCUACUUAACACUUUGUGCUGCCACCUGGUGGUUGAUUUUUGCCUUGUGUUUCUAUCUGUCAUCUCACAAGAAAUGGUCAAGUGAAGCUUUGGAAAAGAAAUCAGGACUUUUUCAUGUUCUUGCAUGGGUACCACCACUAGCGCCACCAAUAAGUGCCCUCCUUCGAGAUGCUGUCAAACCAAAUGAACUAACUGGAAUGUGUUCUGCCCCAGGAUUUGUCGAGAUUCCCGCACUGAUCCUACUCAUCCUUGGGCUAUUUUUCACCCAGCGAGCCUCAUGUUCAUUGAAAACUCUCCAAGAACAGAUUCAACCAAUUGUUGGCCUUCAAAGAUUUUCACAAAUCCGCAAGAGAUUUCUUAUCUUCAGUUUGGUGUUCUUUUUCCCAACAACUCUUGCGGUGGUAGCUUCUUUCUUUGAACGUUUCGAUUUCAAUGUUCCAGCUUGUGUGUCAGCGGAAUUGUGUCCUGUUCCGGAGAAAACAUCAGCACUGCCAACACUUUUGCGAAUAUUUUUCCAACUCACUGGUGGCACUUUGACUGGAAUGUGGGUUUGGUCACGUAAAACUUGUGAGUCAUAUCGCAAUAGAAUCAUUGCAACACCAACGCCAUCUACAUCUAUCAAAUCUGUAUCAUCUCUACAAAAGAAAGCAUUUUCAUCGCCAUCAUCUGCAGUUUCGAAUGGCAAAGCAUUUGGACCACUGUAUAGUGGAAUUAAUUUUCAUAAUGUCCCCAUGUAUAAUGGACAGUCUAGAGUGUAGCCUUAUGUCAGUGAGAGUAAAGUUUUGAACUUACAGCUCGAAUGGUUAUAGAAUAAAUUGUUUAAGACUUUUUUUUUAAAUAUUGUUUUUUAUGUAAAUAUGUAGAUUUUUUUUUUUAUAUUUCUAAACAAAUAAAUUAAGAUAAUAUUAAAUAAUAUCGAAGCUUUUAAGGCAAAGAUAUAAUUAAAUUUAAGAGAAAUAAAAUGUGUUAAUAGCUUUAAAUAAUAUUUAUUCCAAUUGUAAAU